AUGGCGUCCCCUAAUUCCCUCCCAUCCGUAUACAACAACGAGUACCGACAACCUUCCCGACCGAUGUCCCGAACUGCGGUUUCACGCUCGGGUUCCAGACGGGUAUCACCCGCAGUUCAAAACAACGGCUCUCUAUCGAGACACUACUCCGCCGGCGACAGCUCAGAUGAAGAAGUUCCCGAGCCAAAAUUUAGCGCGUCUGUUAAGGCGCUUCUGCAUGGCGAUGGUUUAGGUUCAUCGCCACAUCAGAAAGUACAACCAUUGUCGCAUCAGUCGCGAGUUGCGACAUCACGUCAACAAAGCCAUUCCCCUCGCAACCAUUCUCCCCACGACCGUUCGACAGGAAGUCCAGCCCCUAGAGUUGUCCGCAUUGGGGCACUUUCAUCCGGUUCCAGGCAUUCACGCGAAGGAUCUCCUCUGGCCAAUGCCGAGAGUGCAGAGCCCGAACCUCACCACCCAAACGAUUUUAUUACUCCCGGCCCACGUCAGCGAAGUGUUCGAAUCAAUGUCUCUCGUAAUGACCCACGAUCUCCCUCCUCGGUCUCACCCUCAGGGAGACGCUCCGCUGAACGUAACUCGAGUGACGAGUAUGGAAGCGCCGAGCGCUCGGACAGUGACCGCAAAUCGCAGUACGAUGAUGAUCCCAUGGCACGCUUUGGAUCUUCGUCAGUACUCCGUGGCCGUGGCGGCGAAGAGCCCGGACCCCAAAGCUCGCUUCGCGUCAAGAGAGUCGGUCGACUUGCUGGGAGCUUCUUGACAGGUCCCGCCCGAAGAGGUGUGCUACGACGACAAAGCGAAGAGAACAACGACGAGGACCACCAAUACCUUUCAGCUGAUGGCGUCAGGGAGGACGUGGAAGCAGAGGAGAAUGCCGAAUACCGACCUCGCUCUACCAAACCAUCUUCCCCCAAGGUAUCAUGGGCCGACCCCAGCCCCCCUCAUGCGCGCGAAGGGCACCGCGCAGAGUACCCCCUUCGCCCGGCUGCGGUUGAGGGUCCAUUCUCAAGAUCAAACUCACCGAAAUCCUAUGGAUCAAAGUCAACACCCGCUUCAUCAGAACAAUCAUCGAAAUCCUCAUCUGCUAGAGAACAACCUGUGUUCAAGGUUCCGUCAAUGCCCCCUCUGCCAUCGGUCCGUGACCAGGAAAAUGAACCACCACCGACCUUCCGGCGAACCAAGCCCCAAGGCUUGAACGUUUUGGACAAACCCGACAAGUACAAUGUUGUGUAUGAUACCGAGAAGAAAGAUGCCGCCGAGACACCAGCAGGUACCUCUGCACGAAAGAUACUCGCCACACGAAGCAACAACACUCCCCACAGAGCCGCGCCUCCUCCUCCGAAGAUGUCAGUCCUUGAAACUGCCACUUCAACUGGUGGUGCAUCGACCUCCCAGUCACGAAAGAAGAAAACACAAGUCUCGAUUAAUGGCAAGCAUUUCACCCGACUAGAUUGCAUUGGCCGAGGUGGUAGCUCUCGUGUGUACCGAGUGAUGGCAGAAAACUACAAGAUUUUUGCGCUCAAGCGAGUGAAUCUUGAAGAUGUUGACCCAAUUACUUUGACUGGAUACAAGGGUGAAAUUGAUUUGCUGAAGAAGUUGGAGAAUGUGGAACGUGUGGUGCGGCUCUUUGAUUGGGAGCUCAACAAUGACAAACAUGCUCUGAGUGUGCUCAUGGAGAUCGGAGAAUCUGAUCUUGAGAAGAUCCUAACCUACCGCUUGAAUGCUGAAGAUGCUACAUUCGACAUUAACUUCACCCGCUUCUAUUGGAAGGAGAUGCUAGAGUGUGUUCAAGCUGUUCACGAUUUCAACAUCGUUCAUUCGGAUCUGAAACCUGCCAACUUCCUGAUGGUUCAAGGUCGAUUAAAGCUCAUCGACUUCGGAAUUGCCAACGCGAUUCAAGACAAUACUGUCAACGUUCACCGCGAGCAACAAGUCGGCACCCCCAACUACAUGUCUCCAGAAGCCUUGGUAGACUCCAACGCAUCCCUUGGCCUACCAGCAAGCGUUGGAAAGGUGAUGAAACUAGGAAAGCCCAGUGAUGUAUGGAGUCUGGGUUGCAUCCUGUACAAAAUGGUCUAUGGACAACCUCCAUUCGCCAAGAUUGCCAAAUAUUACGAGCGCAUCAUGGCCAUCCCCAACCCACGUGUACAAAUCGAGUUCCCGGCCUUUGGUGUUGGCGGCGUUCCAGUACCCCCUGGCCUUGUCCGGACGCUCAAGCGUUGCUUGCAGCGUGAUCAAACCCUCCGACCAACAAUUGAGGAAAUGCUCGGGCCCCGUGAUCCAUUCUUGCACCCUGAUGCUCAACUCGAGGGUGCCGUUCCCGUCACACAAGAUAUGCUUGGCCGCAUCCUGGCCAAUGUUGUCAAUCACUGCAAAUCCCGCGGCGUGCCCAGGGAAGAAGAGCUGGCCGCAUGGCCCGCAGGUUUCUUUGCAAAAAUUAAAGCAGCACUUGAAGAAGAAAACGCAUGA